GAAAUGCAGAAUGUAUUUCAUUAACGGAAACUGUGGAGCACAUUAUUUAAAAUGUUAAAACCGACAGUUGUAUUUACGUUUUUAUCCGCAUUAUUUAUCAUUGAAACAAUAUGUUACCCAACAUACGAAUCUUCUUAUAAUCGAGAGACACGCAGCCUACGUACUUCAAAUGGUGCAAGAGGAGGAAUCAUUGGCCACAAACCUUACAAAGAUCCAAGACCAACUCACCCUGGAUACAAUCGACGCAAUGUUAGAGAUACUCUAAGCCCACAGCAGUUAGACAGCCAGGAGUCAAUAUCACGUUUCGCCAGGAGUGUGGAGCAAUUGGGAGCAGCUAGCAAAGAGCACAUCGAUAGCCAGGAGGCACUGUCACGUGUCGCUAGAAGUGUGGAGCAGUUCGGAGCUGUCAGCAAAGAGCAUCUCGAUAGCCAGGAGGCACUGUCUCGAGUCGCUAGGAGUGUGGAGCAAUUCGGAGCAGCCAGCAAAGAGCACCUCGAUAGCCAGGAGGCACUGUCUCGAGUCGCUAGGAGUGUGGAGCAAUUCGGAGCAGCCAGCAAAGAGCACCUCGAUAGCCAGGAGGCACUGUCUCGAGUCGCUAGGAGUGUGGAGCAAUUCGGAGCAGCCAGCAAAGAGCAUCUCGAUAGACAGGAGGCACUGUCUCGAGUCGCUAGGAGUGUGGAGCAAUUCGGAGCAGCCAGCAAAGAGCACCUCGAUAGCCAGGAGGCACUGUCUCGAGUCGCUAGGAGUGUGGAGCAAUUCGGAGCAGCCAGCAAAGAGCAUCUCGAUAGCCAGGAGGUACUGUCUCGAGUCGCUAGGAGUGUGGAGCAAUUCGGAGCAGCCAGCAAAGAGCACCUCGAUAGCCAGGAGGUACUGUCUCGAGUCGCUAGGAGUGUGGAGCAAUUCGGAGCAGCCAGCAAAGAGCACCUCGAUAGCCAGGAGGUACUGUCUCGAGUCGCUAGGAGUGUGGAGCAAUUCGGAGCAGCCAGCAAAGAGCACCUCGAUAGCCAGGAGACACUGUCUCGAGUCGCUAGGAGUAUGGAGCAAUUCGGAGCUGUCAGCAAAGAGCACCUCGAUAGACAGGAGGCACUGUCUCGAGUAGCUAGGAGUGUGGAGCAAUUCGGAGCAGCCAGCAAAGAGCAUCUCGAUAGCCAAGAGGCACUGUCUCGAGUCGCUAGGAGUGUGGAGCAAAUCGGAGCUGUCAGCAAAGAGCACCUCGAUAGCCAGGAGGCACUGUCUCGAGGCGCUAGGAAUGUGGAGCAGUUGGAGCCGACAGUAGAUGGAUAAAUAAAAGUUAAGCAAGUACUUACAAGGUACCUACAAAAUAAUUUAAGUAUGGUAGUACAAUUUCACAAUUAUAGUGUAACAACUAAUGUUUUUUUUCUCAUUUAUGGUUUAAAUGUAGAUUUGAAUAAAAUUGUGCAAACUAGCCUUUUUUGUGUCUUAGUGACAAUAUAACUUGAUUCUGACAGCGUAGUCUUUUCAGAUACCUAUGAAUGUGUUAUAUUACAAUUCCUAUUUCAAUUUAAUUGUUUUAUUGAAGAUAUUUUAUUGAUCAAAAUAAUUAUUUAAGUCUAGUGCAAAAUUACAAAUAUCUAUG